UGUUGCAUACAGAUGAGUCGGGGCAGCCGGUCUGAACUGACCCACAGACUCAUAAAACCAACAGGGUCUCCCUCCCCCUAGUACCUUCACCAUGGACACCUAAACUAUUGGAUCCAAAGUACAAGGAUUUGCUCUCAUCAAGGAUUUGGCUGCAUUCUUGGGGACCAAGCAAAUGAGGUUUUGUCUCUCCAUUUACACAGGCAAUCCAGGAGAUCAGGAUGUUCAAACAUCUUCGGAAAUGGUUUGUUGCUCACUGUUUUGGGCAUUCUCGGCAAAGAACACGACUUGUUUCCAAAGAUGGAAGGUGUAACAUAGAAUUUGGCAAUGUGGAUGCACAGUCCAGGUUCAUAUUCUUUGUAGACAUCUGGACGACAGUGCUUGAGCUCAAAUGGAGAUACAAAAUGACCGUGUUCAUCACAGCCUUCCUGGGGAGUUGGUUCCUCUUUGGUCUACUGUGGUAUGUGGUAGCCUAUGUCCACAAAGAUCUCCCAGAGUUCCAUCCUGCUGACAAUCACACUCCUUGCGUGGAGAAUAUUAAUGGCAUGACCUCAGCCUUUCUGUUUUCUCUGGAAACCCAAGUGACCAUAGGGUAUGGAUUCAGGUGUGUGACAGAACAAUGUGCCACUGCCAUCUUUCUGCUCAUUUUCCAGUCUAUUCUUGGGGUCAUUAUCAAUUCUUUCAUGUGUGGCGCCAUCUUAGCCAAGAUCUCCAGACCCAAAAAACGUGCCAAGGCCAUUACAUUCAGCAAACAUGCAGUGAUCAGCAAGCGGGGUGGCAAACUCUGCCUUUUAAUCCGAGUGGCCAAUCUUAGGAAGAGCCUUCUUAUUGGCAGCCACAUCUACGGAAAGCUCCUGAAGACCACAGUCACUCCUGAAGGAGAGACCAUCAUUCUGGACCAGACCAACAUCAACUUUGUAGUCGAUGCUGGCAAUGAAAAUUUGUUCUUCAUCUCCCCACUGACAAUCUACCACAUCAUUGACCACAACAGCCCUUUCUUCCACAUGGCAGCAGAGACCCUUUCCCAGCAAGACUUUGAAUUAGUGGUAUUUCUAGAUGGCACAGUGGAAUCAACCAGUGCUACUUGCCAAGUUCGCACAUCCUAUGUCCCAGAGGAGGUGCUCUGGGGCUACCGUUUUGUUCCAAUAGUCUCUAAGACCAAGGAAGGGAAAUACCGAGUCGACUUCCAUAACUUUAGCAAGACAGUGGAAGUGGAGACUCCCCAUUGUGCUAUGUGUCUUUACAAUGAGAAAGAUGCCAGAGCCAGGAUGAAGAGAGGCUAUGACAACCCCAACUUCAUCUUAGCAGAAGUUGAUGAAACCGACGACACUAAAAUGUAGCAGUGGGUUUUUGAACAGGAGGAAAUCUUCGGGUAUGUUAGGGGACAGAAGCGUUAUGAGUCAGUCAGCAGUUGUAGAGUCUGAAAGUAGAACAAGAACUGGCUAUGACUACUGCUACAAUGACCUUCAAACCAUGAUCCUACAGGACACAGAGCCCUGCCGUGUUAGAGCAUGUGAUGCUUUCAUGUGAAACUGCAAAUGGGAGCCAGAGGAGCCCACCAGGAAUCUUGAAUAUGAUUAUUUGAGACUCUUUAAUGUUGAUGGGGGAUAGAUAAAAAUCAUCCACCAUCUACCUCAUGGACAGACUAAAGGAGAUACUUUUUGUAGCAGCUUCUUGAAGGAUUUUGAAGCUUUAGAUAGGAUCAGAAGGCAGCUUUAAUUUUGCUUUUGAUUCUACGUAUAAGAAAAUUGUUCCUUUCAUUUUGAUGCUGACUUCUAUCAACAAAGAAAACAACUCCUGACUUAGGGGAGGUGAACUAUUCCAUUGAUGGCAAUUGGAGAUGGUUACACAGAGAAUGGUUGAAACUCUGACCUUCUCCAGCUCCGGUGUUUGGAGCACUCACUGGAGUCUCCGUCAUGUGGAGAGAAGUGGAAAGAGAAGACACAGCCCAGUCAUCCUGCACCAUUCCAUACACACAGUGGAGAGGAAUCACAUGACUGGAACUUGUUUUGUGGCCUGUUCAAAUGCUGUGGCCCACACUGGGCUUUGGUCCAAAUGAUCCCACAUGGUACAUUUAGACAGAGGCUGAAUCUUAUACUGUAGAAUCUCAAUG